AUGGCAACGGCUAUCAUUCUCGGCUUGGUGCUCUCCAUACUAUGUCCGAGCGGGUCCUCGACCCCAGUUCAUAGUCUUAAGAAGCAUGCUUUGCCACAAUCCUACGCAGCAAUAGGGGACUCCUACGCUUCAGGAGCUGGAGCAGGUGUCCCCGGCUGGCCCCCUUAUGCCGAUUUUCGCUGUGGAAGAUACUCUGAUGCAUAUCCAAUUCAGGUAGCCAACAACUCCAUGAUCAACAUUGACAGAACCAAAUUCAAGCACCUUGCCUGUGGAGGCCUGACCAGCGCUGUCAUCCUGCGAGACCAGGUCCCUUACAUUGUCGACUCGGAACUGGUAACAUUGACGGCCAGCGGCAACGAUGUCAACUUCUUCGUGGUCCUGAAUGAAUGCGUCUAUCAUUGGUCGCCAGCAAUAGGCUGUGAAGCUCAAAUUGUGAAAGCCAGAGAGAUCAUCGAGACCAGCGCACUGCAGAAUCUCGAAAACAUCAUCUCUGGAACUGUUCAGCAUUUGCAACCGGGAGCUCUGUUCAUUGUCACAGGAUAUGCCAGGUUCUUUAACGAGAGGACCGAUUACUGUGAUAACACGACUUUCAGCCAAACGAGGCCACUGGAUUACCUGACAAAGGCGAAGCGGAGGCAUCUCAAUCAGCUGGUGAUGAUGCUGAACGAUGUGAUCAAAGCCACAGCGUUGCUCCAUGGCGCCGUGUAUGUCGACAUUGAUCAGGCCUUCGAGGGACACAGAUUCUGUGAACAAGACGUCAAGGAGCCAGAUCUGGAUAGGGCUGAUACAUGGUUCUUUAACAUCCCUCCACCACUUGUUGUCUUGUCUGGAUCGCCAAGUGGACGGUCACAAAAGCUUCUGGGAGAGAUGGAGAUGCCUGAUCCAGAGACUGUCCCUGAGUGGCCGGAGAUGAGGAAGUGGAGGGUAUUUCAUCCGACUGGGCUGGGACAUCACGGCAUAUCGCAGGUGGUAGUGCGGGAGAUUCUGCUUCGGUCAGGUUUGGGGCAAUCGCAAUGA